AAAAAGAGGGGGUAAGGCAAGGGAAGGCCGUCUUAGCUGUGUACUCUCUGACUCUCUGUCGCAUCGCCCAUACGCGUCCUUCUUCCGUUUCCAAUUUCCUGACCCCCUACCCAGUAGAGAAAAAAAGGAAGAAAGACGUAUUUUUUUCUUUCUAUUUUCCCCUUACAGUUUAUUUUGUCGACAGCUUUUGGCUCUUCGCAGACCAAAGAAAGUUGCUUUUUUUGGUCACGGCCUCGGGCUGGGAAUUAAGCACUUCUUUUUUCCUCAUACAUUCCCGUUUUUUUUCUCCUAUUUUUGCCAUGACAAAGAGCAGAUUUCAGCUCAAGUAACCCAACCGUGUACCAAGCAUGCCUGCCCCCAAGCAAUCGAAAUUGCACGGCCCAAUAAACGAAGUUGUAUUCUCAUGAGGGACGUUUAGGAGCAAGAUGAUUGAUCAAUUUAUCAACUUUGUCAUUCGUCCUCCCAGGGCAGAGUACAACCCAGAUCAGUAUCUUUGGGAAAGGGACUUCACUCUCGCAGGAAGAACAUACAAACGAGAAGACUUGGAGCUUAGGAAUGCAAGGGGCCAUACAUUGCUGUGCAGUCAUUAUCUACCUUCACCACUCCCUGAAGAUACCCCUCUUCCUUGUGUUAUAUACUGCCACGGAAACAGUGGAUGUAGGGCAGAUGCAAAUGAGGCUGCCGUAAUUCUUCUUCCAUCAUAUAUAACUGUUUUUACUCUUGAUUUUUCGGGUUCAGGCUUAUCUGAUGGUGACUAUGUCAGCCUUGGUUGGCAUGAGAGAGAUGACCUGAAGGUUGUGGUGUCAUAUUUGAGAAGUAACAAACAAAUAUCGCGGAUAGGUCUAUGGGGAAGAUCUAUGGGUGCAGUCACUAGCCUUCUUUAUGGAGCAGGGGACCCCUCUAUAGCUGGAAUGGUGUUGGAUAGUGCAUUCUCAAGCUUGUAUGAUCUAAUGAUGGAACUUGUGGAUGUAUAUAAAAUUCGGCUCCCUAAAUUCACUGUCAAGAUGGCAGUACAGUAUAUGCGACGGGUAAUUGAAAGGCGGGCAAAGUUUGAUAUCAUGGAUCUUAAUUGCUUACAGGUUGCACCCAAAACAUAUAUUCCUGCUUUAUUUGGACACGCUAGUGAUGACAAAUUCAUUCAACCCCACCACUCUGACCUUAUUUUUAAGUCCUAUGCGGGGGAUAAAAAUAUUAUAAAAUUUGAUGGUGAUCAUAACUCUUCGCGACCACAGUUCUAUUAUGAUUCUGUUUCUAUUUUCUUCUACAAUGUCCUUCACCCUCCUCAAAUUUCUACCGCUCAUUCAAGUAAGCUUGAGAAAUAUUAUGAUUUGGGGGAUUUGAAGGUUGGUGCAGGCAUGGAUGAGAGCCUCUUAUACGAGAUAAUCACUGGUCUUCAUUCUGCUGGUACUGAUGCUGGGUGUUCAUCUUCUGCUCCUCCUAACAUUUCAACCACAAAGUCUGUGGGUGAACUUCUUUCUGAAAUUGCACCAGUGACUACUGUUGAGUCAAUGGUUAAAGAAAAUAAUUCACUUAACAGUCUUGAGACGUCAUAUUUACAGGAUAAGCCCAAUGGCCAGAUUGAAGAAUGUUGCUCAUAUACAAGCUCAAAUAGAGAAAGUUGGGGAAGAUGCUCUUCUUUAGGAGGCAGUGAUGAAGAAGAAUCUUCUGCUGAUUGUGCAGCAGCUGAUAACUGCCAUCAGAGAACUCUUGAGGUGUUUGGAACACCUCUUCGGAACAUGGAACAGAAAUCCUCAGACUCAGCAAAAGACGAAAAGAAGAAGAAGACUAUGAUAGUUCCAAAGAAGCCUAAAAGCGAGAAAUUUGAAAAGUUAGAGGCCCUUAGCAAACGACUACGUCUCUGCUUUCUGAAGCGGGUAAACCAUCAAAGGCAUUGCUCUUCGUGACUGCUGUACUAUAAAAUGGUGUUUGUAACUGUAGCCCAGGUGUUAUCCUUUUGAUUUCUUGAUGAAAGGCAUUGAGGCAUGAAUGAUUCUGUGAUUUCUUAACUGCCAUUUCAUCAAACAUUUGGUUUUGUGGAGAUGUGCAUUAUUUGGAAAUUUCUUC